GAGCGGCUCCUCGCCCCGCCCGGUCGGCGGCUGCAGGAGGGGGCGUCUGCGGCACCUGCCCGGUGGAGCGGUCCCUCGCUCCCUGAGGCCGGCGCCCGCCCGCCCGCCCGAGCUGCCGAGAUGGCGGAUCCCGCUGAGUGCAGCAUCAAAGUGAUGUGCCGGUUCCGGCCCCUCAAUGAGGCGGAGAUCCUCCGGGGGGAUAAAUUCAUCCCUAAAUUCAAGGGCGAUGAGACCGUGGUCAUCGGGCAAGGGAAGCCCUAUGUCUUUGAUAGAGUGCUGCCUCCUAACACCACCCAGGAACAAGUUUAUAAUGCCUGUGCCAAGCAGAUUGUUAAAGAUGUUCUCGAAGGCUACAAUGGCACCAUCUUUGCUUAUGGACAGACAUCAUCAGGAAAAACACAUACUAUGGAGGGGAAGCUGCACGACCCUCAGCUGAUGGGAAUCAUUCCAAGGAUUGCACAUGACAUCUUUGAUCACAUCUACUCCAUGGAUGAGAACUUGGAGUUUCACAUAAAGGUUUCCUACUUUGAGAUAUAUUUGGACAAAAUAAGGGACCUGCUUGACGUGUCAAAGACAAACCUUGCUGUACAUGAAGAUAAAAACAGAGUCCCAUAUGUUAAGGGUUGUACAGAAAGAUUUGUAUCUAGUCCUGAAGAAGUGUUGGAUGUCAUUGAUGAAGGGAAAGCUAACCGUCACGUAGCUGUCACGAAUAUGAAUGAACACAGCUCUAGGAGCCACAGUAUCUUCCUCAUCAAUAUUAAACAAGAGAAUGUGGAAACUGAGAAGAAACUCAGUGGAAAGCUUUACCUGGUCGACUUGGCCGGAAGCGAGAAGGUCAGCAAAACCGGAGCGGAGGGCGCUGUUCUGGAUGAAGCUAAAAAUAUCAAUAAGUCUUUGUCUGCUUUAGGCAAUGUGAUAUCUGCUCUGGCAGAAGGAACUAAAACCCACGUUCCAUACCGAGACAGCAAGAUGACCCGAAUACUUCAGGACUCCCUUGGUGGCAACUGCAGAACCACCAUUGUGAUAUGCUGUUCUCCUUCUGUGUUCAAUGAAGCAGAAACCAAGUCAACCCUGAUGUUUGGACAGCGGGCUAAGACGAUCAAGAACACAGUGUCUGUGAAUCUGGAGCUGACUGCAGAGGAGUGGAAGAAAAAGUAUGAGAAGGAGAAGGACAAAAACAAGAGCCUAAAGAAUGUUAUCCAGCAUCUAGAGCUGGAACUCAACAGGUGGAGGAAUGGAGAAGCUGUGCCUGAAGACGAACAGAUCAGCGCGAAGGAGCAGAAGAACCUGGAGCCCUGUGAUAACACCCCCAUUAUCGACAACAUCACACCAGUUGUUGCCAGCAUCUCCACAGAGGAGAAGCAGAAGUACGAUGAGGAGAUUGCCAGUCUCUACAGACAGCUGGAUGACAAGGAUGAUGAGAUCAACCAGCAGAGCCAGUUGGCAGAAAAACUGAAGCAACAAAUGUUGGAUCAAGAGGAGCUUCUGGCCUCCACUAGGAGAGAUUAUGAGAAGAUUCAGGAGGAGCUGACCCGUCUUCAGAUCGAGAACGAAGCAGCUAAAGAUGAAGUGAAAGAAGUCCUUCAAGCCCUGGAAGAAUUAGCCGUCAAUUAUGACCAGAAAUCCCAAGAAGUGGAGGACAAAACAAGGGCCAACGAGCAGCUGGCUGAUGAGCUGGCACAGAAGAGUAGUGCCCUGACGGUGACCCAGAGGGAGCUGGGGCAGUUGCAGGAGCUCAGUAACCAUCAGAAGAAGAGAGCCACUGAAAUCUUGAACUUGCUGCUGAAGGACCUGGGAGAGAUUGGAGGAAUCAUUGGUACUAAUGAUGUGAAAACAUUAGCAGAUGUGAACGGGGUGAUUGAGGAGGAGUUCACCAUGGCAAGGCUUUACAUCAGCAAGAUGAAGUCUGAGGUGAAGUCUCUGGUGAAUCGCAGCAAGCAGCUGGAGAGUGCCCAGAUAGACUCCAACAGGAAGAUGAAUGCCAGCGAGAGGGAGCUCGCUGCUUGCCAGCUCCUCAUUUCACAGCACGAGGCAAAGAUCAAGUCCCUUACAGACUACAUGCAAAACAUGGAGCAGAAGAGAAGGCAGCUGGAAGAGUCACAGGACUCUCUCAAUGAAGAACUUGCCAAGCUGCGUGCUCAAGAAAAAAUGCAUGAAGUCAGUUUCAAGGAUAAGGAGAAGGAGCACCUGACCCGGCUGCAGGACGCCGAGGAGAUGAAGAAGGCACUGGAGCAGCAGAUGGAGAGUCACAGGGAAGCCCACCAGAAGCAGCUGUCCAGGCUGAGGGAUGAAAUUGAAGAGAAGCAGAAAAUAAUUGAUGAAAUCAGAGAUAUGAAUCAGAAGCUGCAACUGGAGCAAGAGAAACUGAGUGCUGAUUAUGAUAAAUUAAAAAUUGAGGACCAGGAAAGAGAAAUGAAACUGGAGAAGCUGAUACUGCUUAAUGAUAAAAGGGAACAAGCAAGAGAAGACCUUAAGGGGCUGGAGGAAACAGUGGCAAGAGAACUUCAGACUCUUCACAACCUGCGCAAGCUGUUUGUCCAGGAUCUUACCACCCGCGUUAAGAAAAGCGUUGAACUUGACAGUGAUGAUGGUGGUGGAAGUGCUGCGCAGAAGCAGAAAAUCUCCUUUCUUGAGAACAACCUGGAACAGCUUACAAAGGUUCACAAACAGCUGGUACGUGAUAAUGCAGAUCUUCGUUGCGAGCUUCCUAAGCUGGAGAAACGACUUCGAGCUACGGCAGAGAGAGUUAAGGCCCUGGAGAGUGCACUGAAGGAGGCCAAGGAGAACGCCAUGCGGGACCGCAAGCGCUACCAGCAGGAGGUGGAUCGCAUUAAGGAGGCUGUGAGAGCCAAAAACAUGGCACGGAGAGCACACUCUGCUCAGAUUGCCAAGCCCAUCCGCCCCGGUCAUUACCCAGCGUCUUCUCCAACGGCUGUCCACGCCAUCCGAGGGGGAGGGAUGUCAAACUCCAGCUACUACCACAACACCAAAUAGAUGAGAAGUCAAUUCCACUUAGCAUGUUAAGGACUGUCAUUAAGUCACUAGUUUCUUUUUUUCCUCCCCUCCCCCCUGCCCCUUCUUCAACCCGCCCCACGCCCCGUUCCUCCUGCGCUUCCUCCAGCCAUCUGCAAUGCACCGGUCCCAGGUCUUUUGAGCUUCGUAGGAUCUCCACGUGUACAGAAGUGUCCAGCUCAACUCUUCUACAGAUACUUGUACAAUGUAUUUAACAUUAACCAUCUAAGUACCGAUAGCAAGUCUGCCGCUCCGGAUCUCUCACCGACCGCGUUUGACCCCUUGGCGCUCGUUAGGUUGGGGCUUCUGCACUCUGAUCGAUGCUUUUCUCGGAGUCCUCUGUUGCAAAGCAGUAAAUCCUGACUGCUGGCAUCCAAGAAUUGAUUACUCAAUGACCAAGUGCCACCAAAGGCAGGUGAUUGUGCUCUGUCAUGACUGAUUUACUGUAUAAUAUACAUAUUGUUUUAUAUUUUUAGGGGAUGGGAAUGUGCUGCUAUAUGCUUUAAUUUUAACUGCUUACAUUUUCAGAGGUAAAUUUCCCCAAAGAACCACUUGUAAUAUCCUGAUGAGGAGGGAAAAAAGGAGAGAAAAACAAAAGAAGCUCUUCUCUUUGGACUGUAUAGAAUCCCCUUGAUUGCAGUAUCUGGUAAAGAUCCAAACGGGAUGCAGAGAAAUCUGUUAGUCUAGCUCUAGGUUUUGAAGUUUUGGUAGUGACAUGAAUAUAUCUGUGUGACCUAUCUUAAAGCUCAAAUCUGAUCUGCUUGUAGUCCUCCCUACAGUGGCGGGUUUUCCUGGAGUGUGAUGGCUAGCCAUGUGUUUAUUGUUCUGUAUGGAAUUUUGAAGGCUUUCAGAAUGCUGUGGAAAUCUUGUCUUGGAAGAGCUGACAAGCAUCCCCCCUCUCCCCCUCCCCAGCCAACCCUUUCCCCUUCCCGCAUGCCUUUGGCAAGCCCCAAUCUGUCUGCCCUGGAAUUCAGAGGCAGGUGUGAACAGUCCCCUGCCAGAACAAAGAAACAACAAACACAAAGAAUCCCCCCCCAAAAACCCCGGCCCCUACUGGAAAAAAAGUUCAAUGGAGAGAGUCCAAAAGGAGGUGAGAGUUGUCCACUCGAUCUGUCCUUUGCAGAGCAGAUUUGGGAAUCCAUUGGUUAGGAGGUGGAGAGCAUAUUGCCAGGGAAAGAACGCCCUAGGGACGCUUCUGCAGGGAGGUGAGGACCAGAGCGCUCGCCUGUCUUGGAUCUUUCAUGCCAGACAGGAAGUUUCCAUCUUCUCAGCAAGGGGGCACUGGAAUCGUGCUGGAAUUCAUUCCUUUGGCAGCAGAACCUGCUCCUUCCUCCUGCCUGCCUACCGCUUCUGUGCCACAUCUCUCCUCCUCGCUGGGAUGCGCAGCGCGACGCCGGCUUCACCGAGCGCCGACUCCGGGAAGGUUAGGGCCGAGCAUAGCCCUCUGGUCUUGUUUUGCAGACAUUUGCUCCUGGUUGAGAUGGAUUCUUAAUGAUUUUUUUAAUUUCUGAAGGUGUUUGUUAGUAGAGGUAGAACUACUUAGUUCACGUAGAGCCUUUUGAAAGGUGGUGAAUUGACUUUGGGUAUUUAUUUAUUAUU